AUGGAAAUCGUUUUGACUUUUCUUGCAUCUGUAGGAGCAACAACCGAAGAUGCUGUUACAAACAUCAUAUCGGCGCUAAACCUUCCUUUUAAAGAGAUAAGGCAUCUUCAAGUCGCAUCAGAAAUGGAGAAACUAACUAACCUCCCUUAUUGCAAUUUGGGUCGACUUCCUUUGGAAGAACGAGCACAGCAAAGUACUUGUCCUUUGAACAAAAAGGUAUUCUCGCUAAUGUUGAAGAAGAACUCUAAUAUUUGCCUAGCCAUAGACUAUACUGAAUCUGAGAAAGUUCUACAGCUAGCUGAAAAAGCUGGUCCAUUUGUGAUAGCCAUAAAGGUGCACGCAGACGCAAUCACGGACUUUUCCGAAGAUUUUACAACGAAGCUUGUUAGGUUGGCUGGCGAUCAUGAGUUUGUUAUAUUUGAAGACAGGAAAUUUGGAGAUACCGGAAAUACUAACAUACUGCAGCUGAAAGGAGCUCAGCGUAUAGCAGAAUGGGCGGACUUGGUCACAGUCCACGCUGUGCAAGGUUCAGAAUCUAUAGCGUCGACUUUUCGACAGGUUACUGAGGAUCAGGCAUACCGUCUCAGUGGGAUUCUCUUGAUAGCUCAGUUAAGCACAAAGGAAUCACUGACUGCUUUACCUGGGUACACCGAAGCCGCUGCUGAGAUAGGCGGCAAUAAUCGAGAUGUCGUUUGUGGUUUUAUCUGUCAAGCUCGUAUUUCUUCCCACCCCGAUAUGCUACAUUGGACCCCGGGUAAAUACACCUUACAUUUGGUGUGA